GUUUCCUUACUGUAUAUAAAUAGACAGCUGCCCCUUAUUUGAGGAUUUGAGCAGUCCACGCAAGUAUGAAAUUCUUGCUGGUCUUCUGCUUGAUCCUUCUCUUCUCAGGGACUCUGUGUGAUGCUCGCUGUUACUUUAGACCAUCCAGCAAAUACGGGUGCCUUUCAAACAGAAACCUUUAUGUUUUUGGUGCGGUGUGGAAGACUGAAGAUUGUUACCAAUGCAGGUGUAAGAUGAAUGCAAUGAUUUGCUGCAGCUUAGUUGUAAUCCCCAAGAACUAUGACAGGGCAAACUGCGUUGGUCUGUUCCACAAGAAAAGCUGUUCAAUCAAAGUAGUGAAGAAGACAAACCCUGACAUAAGCUGCAAAGUCUACAAUGGAGUUGGUUAAGUCCAUGUGAUGUGUUUCUCCUCUUCUGCAUGUCCCUGGAAGUUGAAUAUGUUCUGGAUCGCUCAUUUAGAGGAAAUCAGCAAAGCAACAUGGUUUCAGGAGGAAUGGGUUCACCUCAUGCCUUUCACAACUCUAAUUACGGCACGUCUGUCUCAUUUCUGACACUAGGGGGUUUGUCUUAUUAUAUACACAUUUGUAACAAAUCUUUACCAUACGUAAUUUUGUGACUUUAUUCCUGUUGGGAUCCAGAGUUAAAUAA